AUGUCUCUCAAGCGCAAGGAUCCCCCGACCUCCACUCCCGACGCAAAGAAACCGAAAAAGAACGCGGACUUGACCUCCUUCUUCGGCCCUCCUAAAACCACGUCUAAAUCUGCCGGUGGUAACAGUGCAGCAAUAUCAUCGACGUCUACGAAUGGAGGAGUAGUGGAGGACGCUUCACCCAUCAAAUUCGACAAGGACAAAUGGGUUGCCAACCUGACAGAUGAGCAAAGGAAACUUCUCAAACUUGAAAUCGACACCUUAGAUCCAAGCUGGCUAGCUCAAUUGAAAGAUGAAGUUGUGUCGCGCGAGUUCCUGGAUCUCAAGCGGUUCCUACAGAAGGAGAUUGACGCGGGACAGAAGAUAUACCCUCCUCUCGAGGAUGUGUAUAGUUGGUCCCGCCACUGCCCCCUCCACAAAGUCCGCGUCGUCAUCCUAGGUCAGGACCCAUACCAUGGUCACAAUCAAGCCCACGGCCUUUGCUUCAGUGUCCGCCCACCAACACCAGCCCCGCCGUCUCUCAAAAACAUAUACACGGCGAUAAAACGCGACUAUCCCUCCUUUACACCCCCAGCCAAGAACUCAGGCUUACUCACGCCGUGGGCCGAUCAGGGCGUCUUACUCCUCAACACCUGUCUAACGGUCCGCGCGGCCCAGGCCAAUUCCCACGCCAAUCACGGCUGGGAGAAGUUCACGCAAAAGGUCAUCGACACCGUCGUCAAGACACGCACGCGAGGCGUCGUGUUUCUGGCGUGGGGAAGUCCAGCGCAGAAACGCUGCGAUAGAAUCAGCGGUGCAAAACAUGUGGUGCUGAAGAGCGUGCAUCCUUCGCCGCUCAGUGCUCACAAGGGAUUUUUUGACUGUGGGCAUUUCAAGAAGGCUAAUGAGUGGCUGGAGAGUCGGUAUGGGCCCGAAGGAGUGAUUGAUUGGAAUUUGAAUGUGCAGAAACCGAUCAAAGCGCCGGAUGUGCAGGAGCCUGUGAAAGUCACUGAGACGCAGGAAAAGAAGCCCGAAGAAGAUGGCCCGGUGACAGAGUUGCCAGAGAAGAAGAGUGACGAUGGUAAGGAGCACAAGAUCGUCGAGCAGGACGAGUUUGCGGGCGAGGACGACGAUGACGCCCUUGCUGCGCUGGACGAGGUGGUUAAGCUGGAAGCGGAGCAGGACAAGAAGGAUACGUGA